AUGAAAUUUUUUAGUUUAUACGAACAAAUGAAUCGUGCACAUGUGCGAAACAUGCUAAACAUUAUUCCAAUCUAAUCCAAUACGCAGAGUGACGACCGUGAAGAGUCUGCGCGCUAGUUUAUUUGGGGUGCUUGAUUAUCCUCUGCAACACGACUGUUCUUGCCCUCCGGAUGUCCCUGCUACACCUGUCCGCCUGCUCCCCCAAGUCCUCGAUGCUCUUCAUGAAGGCCGCCAGCUUCGUCCGGAUGUCGUCGACGGCGAGUUUCACCGCCUGCUCGUCCCAGAGGGCGAAGUCGGCGGCGAGGAGCAGGGAGCCUAAUUGGAUCACCAGCUGGUCGACGAGAACACGGAUGCUGUCCAAGUCCUUGAUCGCGACGAAGGUGCCCACUUGCAUGGUGUUGACCAGCUCCUUCUGGCCCUUUAGUGCGUCCUGGUAGUUCUUCCACAGAGAGUCAAACCACUUCCCCAUGGAGCCCAGAGGGAUGGAAGUGGCGGCGGCCAAGGCUGCCGCAACGGGCGGCACGGCGAUGGCGGCGGCCACCACCGAACAGAUCAGGACAGCCGCACAGGCGGCGGCAAAGAUGAUGCUGGAGACCCUCCUCCACACCUUGGCAGAUUUCAGUUUCUUAUCGAGCUUCUUCUUGCGGAGCUGCAGCUUGUCCAGCAUUGACAGAUGCUGCCUGUAGACCGAUUGGAAGACCCUGAAGAAGUCCUCGGUGAAGGGGUCCCCGUAAUCUUUAAAGUGCCGUAGUUCCUCCAGGGUUCUGGCGUACUUCUUCUUGUCGUGUAUCUCUUCUGCGUCGGCCUCAAAGCGCUGAAGUGCGACGUGGAGGAUCAACUGGCCGUCGCGGGCCUUCUUCAGGCACUUCUCGAGGGCGGUGCAGAAGUCCAGAGUCUGCAGGCUGUUCUCGAAGUACUCUUCCACGAGGUCGAAGAGCUUGGGGUUCUUCCAAAUGUCCUUCUUGCAGUCGAGGAUAACCUUGACGACUUCCUGGUUCAUCUCGAGGAGGCAGCUGGUCACCUCCUUGAGGGAUUCGAAGGAAAGAGACCGGACCUCGACGCCCAUGGCGAGGGUGGAGAUGACCCGACUGGUGCGCUGCUGAAGGGUGGUGUCGAAGGAUCGGAUCUCCGGGUCGAGUCUGCAGGCAUCUUCGUAGGAACUCAGCUCCGCCAUGAACUGCAUCUUGCUGCCGGAAGAGACGGAAGAGGAGGUCGCCGGUAUCUCCAUUGGGAUUGUGCUUGCCCCAUGGCCAUUAACGUCGACAGGGGGCGGCGACGGGGUUUUGCUGGCUUUCUUGCUCACCUGA